AUGUCUUUUGAAGCCGAGUCUUCGUUGGCAUUGAACGAUAUUCCUUUGAAUAUCCAAAGGAAUAAUAACUCUCACUAUGUCAAUAAUAAACAUGUGAUCUCAAAGGUUCAAGUAGGUAAAGUUAUCAGCGAGAAAAUAGGGUCUAAGAAAGUUGAAGAAAAUAAAUCUAGACAAGUCGAUGAGAGAGAUGGUGGUGGUAGUUGUAAUGCCAGCACCAAUGCAAAUGUCAAUGCUAAUGCCAAUACCAAUGCCAAUAUUGCAAUUGCCAUUGAAAAGUCGUACUUGGAUCAAAACCAAGAACAGGGGCAAAACCAAGCUAAAAAUCAAGAUCAGCAACAAGACCAUGAUCAAGACCAUGACCAGAAACUGGGACAGAACGAAAACGAAAACGAAAACGAGGCUCAAACUGGUUCUGAUUCUGGUGCAUCUGCGGAUGCAGAAUCCCAAGUACAUGUGCAAUCUCAAUCUCAAGCUCAACACCAAAAACACACUCAAAACCAACAUAACUCAGCUGUAGAUUCUAGAGGUUCUUCGAGCACAGAUACAACCUCUGAUGGUAGUGAUUUGGUAAACCUUUCAAACUCCAAACAUGCCACACAACAAUCAAAUACGAUGAAGUCCGAGAAACAAACAGCUCUUUUCAUCGGAGACUUGCCUGGAAAUGUAACUGAGGACAUGUUGGGAAACAUCUUCAACAAGUUCAAAUCUUUCACGUCCGUAAAGAUUUGUGUUGAUUCUAACACUAAAAAGUCGUUGGGAUAUGGGUACCUUAACUUUGGAGACCAAGAUGAUGCUGAAAAGGCCGUUGAUGAAUACAAUUACAUGCCUAUUUUUGGAAGAGAAAUUAGAAUGAUGCCCUCUUUGAGAAAUACUUAUUUCAGGAAAAACAUUGGUACCAAUGUAUUCUUUUCGAAUUUGCCAUUGGACAACAAUAGGUUCACCACAAGGGUAUUUUAUGACGAGUUUAAGAAGUUUGGAAAGAUCUUAUCCUGCAAAUUGGACAGAAGAAAGAAUAUUGGCUUUAUAUAUUUCGAAAACGAUGCAGCUGCUAAGGAGGCCAUUAGGCAAUACAAUGGGAAACAACUCUUUGACACUAACAUAAUGUGUGGAGUUCAUUUUGAUAGAAACGUCAGGAAGUCCCCUGAGUUUGAGCAAAAGAUUGGUAGAAUUAAUAACUUAACCGUCGUUAAGGAGAAAUUGGAGAUUGAGGAUGAGAAUGGAUCAGUCAUUAUAGUUGACGCUUGUGACAGUGCCACCAUUAAAGAAAAGAAGAGUGGAAAUGGUGCAGGAUCUCCUUCUUCCUCAACUUUGGAAACAGCAGGUGUAGCUGUAGGUACUACUACUACUACUAAUAAUAAUUCAUCUGUUACCGAGGAUGGCGUAACUGCAGUCGGUAGCCCCGUUGAAUCAGAGGCUAGCGGGUCUAAACUACCCCAUCCAAAUGCAGUUUUCGUUAAAAAUUUGCCCAUAAAUCCAAACCAUGACAGUUUAUUAAACUUCUUUAGCAAAGUGGGUCCAGUCAAAUCAGUUUAUACCUCUGAUGUCUCUAAAUUUGAGUCAUCGUGGGCUUUCAUCACUUACAAGAGAAUCCAGGAUACCAAGGUUGCUAUUGAAAAAUUGAAUGGUAGUAAGUAUAUGAAGAGAACCAUUGAAGUAAAGAAAGCCGAAAGACACCACCUCGAAGAGAGUCAGUGCCACAAUAAUAUCAAACCAAACAACUAUAAGAAGACAGUUUACUUGACUAACCUUAGCGUUAUUUGUAACGAGGAGUUCUUAAAGUUCUUCUGUACCCAAGAAAGAAUUAAGACAGAACGAAUUGUUAUCAGGUAUUAUGACGACAAGACGGAUACAUAUUCGGGGUAUGUUAAGUGUAAUUCUCGCAAUGAUGCUCAGAGAUUGUUUGACUUGAUGGAAAAUAAACUAUUGGGUGACUCAGAAGUGAAGGCAUCCUGGCAACAACCUAAGGAUCUCAAGUUAUUGGAAAAUGACGCUUUAUACCAGGAUGGUCGCAAGGAAAAGAGGUCCCGUAAUUCCAGAAAUUCGUAUGUUUACAGAGCCCCAGCUCCAAAUUAUAGACCUCCUAGACACAACGGUAAUAUGAUUAAUAACAAUAUCAAUUAUAAUUAUAGUCAUGGUCAUGGUCAUGGUCAAAAUCACAAUGGUAAUGGGAAUAUUAGAAACAACAACCAUCAAAUGAAACCAACAGCCAACAUGUCUAAUAAUAACAGUAAUAAUAAUACAAAUCAACACUUUUUCCAAUCCCCUCAACCAUACUAUCACCAUCCAAUGCAUGCUCAGCAACUGCAACUGCAUCAGCCCCAAAAUCAGAACCAGCAGCAGCAGCAGCAGCAACAACAACAACAACAACUGCAACAACAACCAGUACCAAUGCCAGUACCAUAUACCAACGCCAUGGGCCAGCCAAUGGGCCAACCAAUGAUUGGAAGACCCCCAGUAGUUAUUAGCAACAUGAAUGGUCCUAAAAGCAUGACACGUGAAGAACAGGCAAGGAAAUCUUACAGUUACGAAGCUAAGAAACAAUUGAUGAACAUGUUAAAGAAGGAAACCAAACGGUGUAUUGAUUUCUUACAGCAUCCAGUUGCUACUAGAGACGAGAAUAUUUCAACGAUUGCAUCUUAUAUUAUCGAUGUGUACUAUAAGCCAAACUACGACACUUUGGCUCAACUAUUGUUGCUAAAAACUGGUAAUAAUUAUUACGAAAGGGUUUUCCAAAGCCAAGUAGAGCUUGCCAUUGAAAAAUUAGGCCUACAAGAGAGGUGA